CGUCAUCAGAGAAAUCGCCCACCUUGCACCUCAAACCGGCACUUAUCCAUUAAUCGGACCAACCGAUCACACAACCUCGGGAUUGUUUCCCCAACCAGAAACUCGCCCAGAAAAAAAAAAAACAAGUUGUAAAAAUCGUAUCGGCAGUAACCUCACUCAUGAUUUUAAUUAUAAUCGACUCUCUAGGCGUUUUGUGAAACCGGGAUUUUGUUCAGGUUAUUUCGAAAGUUGGGUUGACAGGGUACUCAUCUUCCAAACAACCAACCCUGGAAGGCUGGUCAGGAUCACCUCUCGAAAGAACAGUUAUCCGAGAUGGACGAAUUAUCCUCAGAGGUUCUUACUCAUACCAACCCCAGCACCCCUGCGACGAGUGCAGCCGACUAUCGGGACGAUGAAGCGUUGGAAAUAAACGAUGGCAGCCCUAACAAGGACAAGAAACGGAGGAGCCUCCGCAAUUUCUUGAAGGGUGGUGCAGAUAUGCAGGAUAAGCUCUUGGAGAGAUUACUCCAGCAGAUCAUUCCGAGUGAUCUGGACUCCGCUGGCGGAGGCCUUAGCCUAACUGGAGAUGGCUCGCCAUAUUCAAGGCCGGCGUUCAGCCUGCCGACCAUGUCUUACAACUUCCGCCGCUUCAACACCCGCAUCGGCGUCGUUUUCAAAGGUCAAAUCCGACUAGAGCGUCUUGUCACGUGGCGUCACCCAACUCGCACGCUUUCCUUCCUGGCAGUAUAUACGCUCGUCUGCCUAGACCCUUACCUCCUUUCCGUCCUCCCCAUGGUGCUCCUCCUUACUGCAGUCCUCGUCCCAAGCUUCAUCGCCCGUCACCCAGACCCACCCUCGGCCGGCUCCGCUCCAGGUCUGGCAUCGGGUGGCGGCGUCAGCGGCACCGGCGCCAACGCUGCCAGUGUCCACGUCGACGAUGCGGUCCGCGCUAGAAGCUAUUCUUCUUAUCAGCACACUACGUACAACCCACGCGGGCCGCCCGUCGCUCCGGCCCGCACCGUUAAGCCCGUCAAGGAGCUGUCUCGUGACUUUUUCCGAAACCUUGGCCAUCUGCAAAACACCAUGGCCGACUUUGUCACCGCCCACGACGCCAUCGUGGAGACAAUGGUGCCGGCCACCAACUUUAGCGACGAGGCCCGCUCGUCCGCCCUCUUUGUGGCUCUGUUCUUCGCCUCCGCCAUCAUGUCAAUCGCCGCCCAUCUUCUGCCUUGGCGUCUGUUACUGCUCGUCGGCGGCUGGGCGGCCCUCAUCUCGGGUCACCCUGCCGUCCACCGACGUGCCGCCGCCUACGCCGCCCGUGGCCGGCCAAAGACGGAGAUGACUCGCGCCAAGACCCUUCUCGAGCGCUUCGUCGACGCCGACAUCAUACUGGACCAGGCUCCCGAGACCAGGGAGGUGGAGAUCUUUGAGUUGCAACGCCGCAGCUCCGGGGACGCGGAUGAGUGGGAGCCCUGGAAGUUCAGCCCAACGCCGUACGACCCAAUGUCGCCGUCCCGUCUCGGUGGGGGCAACCCCCCUCAGGGAGCGCGCUACUUUGAGGAUGUCCUACCGCCUGAGGGAUGGGAGUGGAGUGAGAAGAAGUGGGCGCUGGAUCUCUUUAGCAGGGAGUGGGUCGAGGAGGGCAUCAUCACCGGGGUCGAAGUCGAGACGGAGGGUGAGAGGUGGGUUUAUGACAUGUACAAUGAGAAUGAAGGAGUCACUGGGGUCGUGGAGCAACCGCUUUCCACCCCGGACGUGUCUCGCAAGGGAAAAGGCCACACCAGGACCAUGACUCCGUCUACGGUGAGCUGGGAGGAGGGAUUUGAAGGGGUUGGCAAACGUGGUGAAUGGAGGCGUCGCAGGUGGACGAGGCUGGUGAGGAGAAAGAAGUUUACCGGUACUGCGUGAUGAAAUGAUUGAUGAUGAUAAUGUCGGCUUAAAUUGGCCAAACCUAUGUUUUAUAUACGUAUAUUAGGAGUUAUGGUUACAUAUACCGCGUUGGCUCUUGCUGGAAUUCACACGAUGCUUGUCAUU